AUGGCCCCGGAGCUCCGUAAGCGCAAAGCUCCUCCGCCGGCUCCUGAGCCAGCCCCAAAGAAGGCUUCCAAGGCCUCCAAGGCCUCCAAGGCUGUCUCCAAGGUCAAGGAGGCUGUCGUCGGCAAAUCUGCCAAGGUCGACACUACUCCUGCUGCUUCGGCCAAGACUGGCGCGCCAGCCGUGGGAGAUGUCAUUACUCUCGAUGGCUUUGGCGGCGAGAUCGAGACCAACGAUGGAAAGAAGACGACAUUGAAGGCUCUCGUUGAUGAGAGCAAGUCUGGGGUUGUCCUCUUCACCUACCCCAAGGCAUCCACCCCUGGUUGCACCACUCAGGUGUGCCUUUUCCGUGACAGCUACGAACCUCUUACCGCUGGCGGCCUGGCCAUCUAUGGCCUGUCCAAGGACUCGCCAAAGGCCAAUACCACCUUUCACACCAAGCAGAAGCUGCCAUACCCUCUCCUCUGCGAUCCAAGCGCGACAUUGAUUGGCGCCAUCGGCCUCAAGAAGGCCCCAGCCGGCACUCAGCGCGGUGUUUUCGCUGUUGACAAGAGUGGCAAGGUGUUGAUUUCUGAGCCCGGUGGUCCGGCUGCUACGGUGAACGCCGUCAAAGCCCUCGUGGAGGGUAGUGCUGCGGGUGAGACCAAAGACGAGCCGGCUGCCGAGAAACCCACCGAGGAGAAGCCUGCCGAGGAGAAAGCCGCCGAGGACAAGCCGGCGACUGAUGACGCUGCUGCUGAUAAGCCUGCAGAAGCGGCCCCGGCCCUGGCUGCAGCCCCGGAGACUAAUGGAGACACGAUUACUGAAAAGAAGCCGGAGGAGGCCGUCAAGGACCCGGUCGACUAA